CGCGCGUGCUAACCCAUGAGCAACAUCCUUGUUCCGAUCACGAGGAAGACAGAGAACAGCCGUGGUUUGUGUGUGGCUUGUGUUUCCUUCUGGCUGCGGCUUGAUGACGUUUAGGAACAACCACAACCAACUUCUCCAAAUUCCCGCUUCCACACCUUGACCAAAGACACACCAAACCCAUCCCGCGACACCUCCUACCACGACCAUUACCACCCCUCCUUCCUCCCAGACAGAGUUAUUGAAGCAUCCUAGGGCUCUCUCCUCCUGAAACCCUUUCCUCAUUGUCCUCUCUCUAGGACAUAUCUUGCUAUUUCAACAGCCUAACCUCCUGCUUCCCUUUCUGUUGCCUUAACCGCACAACAAACGACGACAUCACGAAAAUCCCCAAUCAUUCACAAUGUCACGAAGAAACGGCGCGCCAUCAGGUCCCAAGGACGCUGCUCCACCAUCCAAAGACCUGACUCAGGACAAGCAGGCCCGCCUUCUAUCCGCUGAAGCUGGCCACUUCUCCAUGGUCCGCGCCCUCCACCUCGCGGAUUUCAUCACCGAGCUCAACGGCUUCUGCGGCGUCAUGUCAGUCUUUAGCUCGCUCCGAUACUGCGUGCAGGCGGAUCCCACGCAGACGACGAACCUGUACCUCGCGCUGGGCUUCAUCCCGCUGGGCCUGUUCUUCGACUUCAUGGACGGCAAGGUGGCGCGAUGGCGCAAGAAGGCCAGCCUCAUGGGCCAGGAGCUCGACUCCCUCGCCGACCUCAUCUCCUUCGGCGUGUCGCCCGCCGCCGCCGCCUUCAGCCUCGGAUUCCGCACCCCGCUCGACCACCUCCUUCUGACCUUCUUCGUCCUCUGCGGCCUCACCCGCCUCGCCAGGUUCAACGUCACCGUCGCAAUGCUGCCAAAGGACGCCUCUGGCAAGAGCCAGUACUUCGAAGGCACCCCGAUCCCGACUAGUCUGGCGCUCGCGGCCACCAUGGCGUACUGGGUCUACAACGGCUUGAUCGGCGAUAACAUUCCCUUCGGCGUCUGGGGACAGGGGACGUGGGCGGAGUUCCAUCCCAUCGUCGGUCUCUGGGUCGUGCAUGGUUGCUUGAUGGUCAGCAAGACCAUCCAUAUACCUAAGCCUUGAUUGAUUCCAACCCGAAUCAAGGAGAGAGAUGACAGCGAGGGGGAAAGAAGGCAGGGAACGGGGUGAUUAUGGCAGUCGUACGGUGGUUUCGUGGAUUGUUUUGGCGACAGACGAGGCAGCCUUCUCACCCACCGGCCUGUGUACUACUUUUCUUCCACUGACGGGAGAGAUUUUGACCACUUUAGAAUUUGCAAAUGCUGGGCGCACCGGGCUCCUUUCUUUUCCAUUUUUUUUAUUUCUCCCUCAGUGGCGAUUGUUUUUCUUUUCUCCUCGGCUUGUAAUAUGAAGGGAGAACAAAAAGGGAGGGACAUCAUUCUUCUGGCAGAAAUAUCGAUCGGCAUAAUGGACGGCCGGCCUAUAAGUAGCGAGUGCGAGUGCGAGUAAACAUACGAAUAUCACAUUAUUAUUCUGCCCAA